AUGCCUCCACGCGCACGGCGGCCGCCCGCGGCCGGCGAGCCGCGCAAGCUGAGCUUUACGCAGGGUGUCGGUGCGCGUCUGCCUAUGGCUGCGCGUACGGCACCUCUUUCGAAAAAAGAGGCGUCGCCUGCGCCGUCUCCACGACGCGAAGACUUGGCCGUCCACAAGCGCAAGGUCGCCGACGUGCAGGCAUGGCUGUCCGAGGCAUUUACGCCCCCUACGUCCAAAUACCGACGCAUUCUCGCCCUCACCGGCCCAAGUGGAGCAGGAAAAACGACGACGGUGCGGGCAUUGGCCGCGGCCGACGCGCUGGAUUUUGACGUGGUCGAGUGGGAAAACAAGGAUAGCUAUUACGAUGCAGGCGAGCGGCAGUCGGCGAUGGACCGUUUUGCUGCGUUUGUGCAUGGCGCGCAGCGCUACCCCAUGCUUCCGUUGGCCCCGCGCAACACGCCGCAAUUCGUGCCGCGGCGACGCAAGGCGAUCCUCGUCGAGGACCUGCCGAACCUGGCACACGAUGCGACCCGCGCGCAGUUCCACCAGGUCCUGGAGCAGGUCGUGCAGCGCACGAGCUCGGCCAACGUCCCCCUCAUUCUUAUUGUGUCGGACAGUGUCCCCCGAGCCGAAGACGAGGCCGCGGCGAUGGCCGGCGCGUCGUCGACGUGGCGUGCACGCCGCGACGCACAGAUGGACGUGCGUGCGGCCGUGCCCGAGAGCGUGCGCACGCAUGCGUCGUUUGCCGAGAUUCGUUUCAACCCGCUGACCUCGCGCAUGAUCCAGAGCGCGCUUAGCCGCCGCGCCGCCGAGCUCGGCGUGUCGCGCAAUGCGCUCGCCGAGAUCAGCAGUGCGUCGGCCGGCGACGUGCGUGGCGCGUCGAAUACGCUUGCGCUCCUCGCCGCUGGUCGCGCGCGUGCGGGCGCGAAGCGCAAGAGCGACGACGAGGUGCCUGCCGGCUUCCUGGCGCGCACCUCGGCCAUGGUCCUGUUCCAUGCGAUCGGCCGUGUGCUAUACAACAAGCGCGCCGGCGACCCAGGCCUCGAGGCCGAGAUACCCCCCAAAAGCAGCGGCGCGACGACGACUACCUCGUGGAUGCAGCCGCUGCGCGACGAAACCGCGCCGCCUCGGCCGUGGCUGGCCGAUCGCCGCGAGAGCCUGGUCGAGGUGGACGAGCUGUGGGCGGAUCUGCCUGUGGAUCCCUCGACAUUCCAGCUCUAUCUAUACCACAACUACACUCCCUUUACGAACGAGCUUGAAGAGGCCAUGCACUUCUCGGACGCGCUGAGCUGUGCUGAGAGCAUGCCGGUCCCCCCCGAUGAGCCCCGUGCGGCGCCCGCCGCGGCGUUGUACGGCUUUGAGAUUGCGACGCGCGGCGCGCUGCUUGCGCUCCCCUCGCCUGUACCCCGGCGCGGCCAGGCGCUGACGAAGCCCGCCUUUUACGACAUGGCGCAACGUGCGCGCGUGUGUGAAGAGCAGCUUGCCGAUAUGCGCGCGUCACUCGCACGGCCCGACCUGAUCGGCGCCAAGAGCGACGCGGCCAACGUCCCCCUGGUGACGCUCGCGACCGAGAUCCUCCCCCUGCUCGCGCGCCUGGAGCCUAGUGAAUCGGGUACGCCCCUCUUGCGUUUUGCAGAGGACCACCAGCUUUCCGAGGCGGCGCACGAUGACCUGGAUCUUCCGCCAGCCGAUCCUCCGGUCAUGCGCCCACGUCCUGCACAGAUUCUACAGGGACCCUGGCGCUUGCGCACAGGCCGUGCCACGGAAGCUGCAGCACAUUUCUCCGAGGAUGAAUUAGAAGAGCUCUCAUAG